AUGUCUUUCUCUUCUCAAUCUAAAUCCUAUCGUGAUGUCAUUCUACUUGAAGAUACACCAUCUCCGCCGUCAAAACCGCCACGAGGUGUUUUGCGAAAAGAACCACCAAUGAAACCGCAAAGAAGUUUUAUUCGAAUUGAACCGGCUCCGGAAAACGAAGGUAAAUAAUUUGUUUUUUUUUCAAAGAAUUUUUUGGCAAGUGUAAAUUUUUUGCAGACAAAGAAAAUGCGGCAAAGCCAUCGCAAUUCAAAGCAAAAGAAGCCAUGGAAAAAAUGCAAGAUUAUUUCAAACGAAGUAUUGGAGCGAUUCGAAGUUCUUCAGAAUUCACCGGAAAAGAAGCAACCGAUAUUAUGGAAGCGUAUAUUCUAAAAAACAAGGAUAGUUUCAAGAGAGAAGAUGUUGGAAGGAAAAAUGCAGUUCUUUUGUUAGAACUUUGGAGGUCAAAUAGUUUAUUGAAAUCGGUUCAUCCAGAUGUUAAGACAUUUGUAGAUUGUGAUCGAACAUAUUUUAUAUUGACUGAAAAUGAUUCUUCGUAAGUUUAGCAUCAUCUUUAUUGCAGUUAUAUUUUUAUUCUAGACUUUUCUAUGCGAACUCACCUGCAUCAUCAACAAAAAUGACCGAAGUUGACACAAAUUCUUUGCAAAGUCGAUCAACUCGAAGAAACAACAGUUUCAAACGAUUAUUUUCGCCACUUGUUAAACGAAAUCGAUCAAAUUCGAGAGGAAGAGAUGAUAAAGAAUCAACAUUUUUGAAGUCGACUUUGAGUCUUUUUUCAACAUCAGAUAGAAAUGAGAAAAAAGGCGAAACAAGCAGCCGAAAAAGGUUUGAAAGACGAAGAAGCUGA